UCUGAUCGAAUAUAUUUUCCAAGAAAAAUGUUCCGUAACAUUCCUCAAGUCUAGGGUGGACAUCGGGCGGGAGGAAAUUCUGGGACUCAAAAAAUUCCCGCUAGGGCUGAGGCACUAAGGCUGCCAUCGCCUUGAACCGCAAGUUCACCGUAGCCUUACUGCAUUUCCUCCGAUUCUCAGACGCUGCAUCUCCACCGAUUUUUGGCCGUCUUCUUGGGCCAUUUUUUUGAGGUUUCCGACUACCAUCAAGCCUGCUCCGGCGACCGCCGAUGCCUCGGAGGCAAAAGCAGGUCAUUUUCUGGCUUUUUAAAUCAUUUUUCUUUUAAAAACAACUGAGCGGCGGCGGUUUCGGCCUGCUCUGGCGACCGGCGAUGUGUCGGACUGAGACGAAGCCCUCAGUGGCGUCUUAGCAGCGAGCAGCCGCGAAAUCAUUUCCCUUUUUGUUUCGGCAUUCUCCAGCGACCAGCAACACGUCCUAGUGAGCCAAAACCCACGGCAGCGUCUUAGCAGCAGUAGCCUCCCUCUAACGUCGGUCACCUAUAGAUGUGCAUUUCCGAUGUAACAAACGCGCCCCGUGGAUGCAGAACUAGGGCUGUUGCGUUCUUGGUUCUAUACACACGAAGGCGGGAAACCUCUGCAUGUGAAAGCUCCGAACCCUUUCUCACUCACAGGCGCGUCAUUCUCUUUUUAUCUCACUUCUUCUCGAUUCAUUCAUCCCCUUCUGCCAUGGGAAUCAAGGGAUUAACCAAAUUGAUAGCUGAUAAUGCCCCGAAGGCGAUGAAAGAGCAGAAGUUCGAGAGCUAUUUUGGUCGCAAAAUCGCAAUCGAUGCUAGCAUGAGCAUCUACCAGUUCCUGAUCGUGGUGGGGAGGACCGGAGCCGAAACACUUACGAACGAAGCAGGUGAAGUAACAAGCCAUCUUCAGGGAAUGUUUUCUCGGACCAUAAGGCUGCUUGAAGCUGGAUUGAAGCCAAUGUAUGUCUUUGAUGGGAAACCACCAGAACUAAAGAAGCAAGAACUUGCAAAAAGGUUCUCCAAAAGAGCAGACGCCACUGACGAUUUGGCAGAAGCAAUAGAGACAGGAGUUAAAGAGGAUAUUGAAAAGUAUAGCAAACGGACGGUGAAGGUCACAAGGCAACAUAAUGAGGAUUGCAAAAGACUCUUAAGACUGAUGGGUGUCCCAGUUGUGGAGGCUCCAUCAGAGGCAGAAGCAGAGUGUGCUUCGUUUUGCAAAAGUGGAAAGGUAUUUGCUGUGGCUUCUGAAGAUAUGGAUUCUCUGACUUUUGGUGCACCAAGAUUUCUUCGACACUUAAUGGACCCGAGUUCAAAGAAGAUCCCUGUAAUGGAGUUUGAAGUUGCAAAGAUAUUGGAGGAGCUGAACAUGACCAUGGAUCAAUUUAUUGACCUAUGCAUCUUAUGUGGGUGUGACUACUGUGAAAGCAUAAGAGGCAUUGGUGGACAGACAGCAUUAAAACUUAUUCGUCAACAUGGUUCCAUAGAAGCUAUAUUGGAGAACAUAAACAGAGAAAGGUAUCAGAUACCAGAGAAUUGGCCAUACCAGGAUGCACGCCGUCUUUUCAAGGAACCCAUAGUGUCUCCUGUGGAAGAACAAGAGGAGCCUAAGUGGACUGCUCCAGAUGAAGAGGGUCUUAUAGCAUUUCUUGUCAAUGAAAAUGGUUUCAACCAUGAUCGUGUAACAAAGGCAAUAGAAAAGAUCAAAGCGGCCAAGAACAAAUCAUCCCAGGGCAGAUUGGAGUCCUUCUUCAAGCCUGUUCCUAAAGAUUCAACACCCAAAAGAAAGGGUUCGAUCUGCAAACUUCAUUCUCCCAUCCAAGCAGUGGGUGCAAAGAUGUUUGGACUGCACGUGUGCAGCACAUCAAGAGCCAAAACUAAUGGAAGCUUCUACCUGCCUAUGGCAGAGCUGAGUUCUAGGCACCUGGUUUUAAAGGCCUAAUCCUUGGAAGUACCAGAAAAAAACUCAAAGGAAGCUACGAUCAAGAAAACAAAGUCUAGUGGCGGAAAAAAGAAAUAGAAAAGAUAUGAUUCUGUUAAUGUUUAUUGUGCAAACAUUUCUUUUCCUAUUGUAGAUCAGUGUCCUUUUCUUCAGUUGUUUAUGUAGCUUUCAAUUUGUUGUUGGCUACGUUAACGUUAUCGUGGUAUAGUUCCACUACGAUAUGAAAGGAAAAGGAACUUUUCAGAUC